AUGUCGUGCAAGUGGGACAUAACGAUCGAGGUGAAGGAGGAGAAGCGACUGCGAACCGUCAUUUCGGCGCUGCAGUCCAUUCAAGAGUGGGCGGGCGAGAUCGACGACGGGAAGGGGAGACGGGAGCAGUUCUUCCCGGGUCUGCCGUACGUGCCGUCGAGCAUCAGGUGCCUGAGCAGGGCGAGGGUGUCGGUGCCGGCCUCGCCGCAUUCGACGUCGUCCCGUUCGUCGGGGUCGUGGGGGUCGUCGAGGUCGGAGGGGAAGGGGUGCACGAUGACGCUGCAGUUCGUCGGGGGGUGGAGGAGGGUGGAGCAGGUGGGGCAUUCGGUGCAGAGCGACGUGAUGGUGACGCAGGUCGUGAGGGGGGGGACCCCUGCCACGCUCUUCAAGGGGAUGCUGUCGCCGCAAGAGAUAAUUCAACUGAGAUCGAGGAGGGGUCCGGGUGACUCGUUCACGAUGGCCGUCUACUUGGACGGGCUGCUGAGUCUGCGGCUGUCGUCCUGCUGCGAGCAUCGGUACAAGGUCGGGCGGAGGCUCGGGGGUCCAUCCGGGAGGUUCCUGCUUCUCUCGCUGCAAGGCGCUUCUCCGUGUAUCAGGUUC